GGAAGGAAGGCCCAGGCAGUAGGCAGGGUACCAGGGCCAGACAUUUGGGGAAUCUGAGUCCCUGGGUGCUGGGGGGGAAUCCUGAAGCGGCUGGGGGGCUCGGAGCUGGUUCUUUGUCUUAGUCCAGAGCCUUAUGUAAGAGCUCUUCUCGGGAAACAGGAAGCGCUCGCUGCCUGCCAAGUGCAGCCCGGGGAGCAGCGCAAGCCUUAUUCCAACACACCCGGCCCAGCCUAACCCAGCACCGGCCAGUUGCUGGUCCCUGAUUUGCUCCCUACCGACCCUACCUCCCUUUUCUCGCUUCAGUCUCCCCUAGCAAACUUCCACAGAGAUCUUCCCCUCCGCCGGGCCCAGGGGUCUUCCACGCUCACCCCAGCCCCUUGACACUUCCCAGCAUGUCCCCCAUCCCUGCUCCUGGCACCAUGCCGCAUGGCCAGCCAACCUUCCCUCCCCCAACUCUAGAGCCAACCCCAAGUUCCUAAGCGCUGGCCGCUCCUCCUGGGUGUCACUGGCAGCCCUGUCCUUCUUAGAGAGGCUGGCACCAAACUUUCCUGAGGCUUCGGGGAGUCUCGAGGUGACACCAGCCCCACAGCAGGGGACCAGGAACACCAAUAGUACCCCCAGCUUGCUUUCCCCUUCCCUCCUUUUUAUUCUCAAGUUCCUUUUUAUUUUUCCCUUGCGUAACGCUUUCCGUACCACUGCCUGCACCCCUACCCUCCCCAGCCACUGUGCCACCCCAUUCCUGAGGCCACAGCUGUUGGCAGGGUCCCUGGCUCAUGCCAGCCUCAUCUUUCUCGCUGUCCCCCAAAGGCCCCCUGGACAACAUGGGGGGCACGGUACGAGAGUCGGCACUCUCAGUUGCUCUCUGGUUGAGUUGGGGGGCAGCUCUAGGAGCUGUUGCUUGUGCCAUUGCUCUGCUGACCCAACAAACAGAGCUGAGAAACCUAAGGAGGGAAGUGAGCCAGCUACAGAGGAGCGCAGCACCCUCCCAGAAAGGGGAAGGGUCUCUUUGGCAGAGUCUCGGCGAGCAGAGGCCUGAUGUCCUGGAAGCCUGGGAGAAUGGGGCGAGAUGGAGGAGGAAGAGAGCAGUGCUCACCCAGAAGCGGAAGAAGAGGAGCUCAGUUCUGCACCUUGUUCCCAUUAACGUUACAUCCAAGGAGGAUUCUGAUGUGACAGAGGUGACAUGGCAGCCAGCUCUUAGGCGUGGGAGAGGUCUGGAGGCCCAAGGAUGUGUUGUUCGAGUCUGGGACACUGGAGUUUAUCUGCUGUAUAGCCAGGUCCUGUUUCAUGAUGUGACUUUCACCAUGGGUCAGGUAGUAUCUCGGGAAGGCCAGGGAAGGCGGGAGACUCUAUUUCGAUGUAUACGCAGCAUGCCCUCUGACCCUGACAGGGCCUACAAUAGCUGCUACAGUGCAGGUGUCUUCCAUUUACACCAAGGAGAUACUCUCAGUGUUGUAAUUCCCCGGGCAAAGGCAAAACUUAGCCUUUCUCCACAUGGAACCUUCCUGGGGCUUGUGAAACUGUGACUGUGUCAUAAAAGGUGGUUCUGAGCGGGGAAGGCAAGUGUGGUAACAUACUGGAGACAGCAAGGAGCUGGCUAGACAAAACGGACGGGAAGAGAAACCUCUACUUGGGUUUAACUUCAUGACUUUAUUCUUCCCUUUUUCUUUGCCUCUCCCACACCCUAGACUCUGAGUUAACAGGUAUUAAAGAGGUAGACUAUCUUGCUGUUAUCGCCCAUCCAGCCCUAAAUUCUUGUUUGUGGGAGUUGGAAGGAGGGUGCCAGGCAUUGUCCAGACCUGCUACGGGUCCCUUGGAAUGCAUCCAGGACAGCACCACCAUCUAGCGGCUGAUUGAGGGAAUCAUCCUGCCUCUUGGCAAAAGUCCCGGAAGCCUCCUUCGGCUCGGGAAAAUCCCUACUUCCCCAUACCACGCCUCUUUUCAGGUACCCUCAACUUUUCACCGAACAAUAAGCCUCAUCUUCACUUCUGUCUGUUGGGCAAUCGUUUCCGUCACUGUCUCCAGAGAAGCAUUUAUUAUGCGUCCGUCUGCAGCAGAUGCCCGACGACAAAGAUGGGUCCCUUUUGCAGCCAUAUUAUUCUUCGGGCCCUAUGUUUGCCGUUCACGCUUUCCAUUACCGUAGCGUAGAAGGCCACUUCAAGUCCCUCCGGGGUGGGACUUCCGAGGAAGCCUUCCAUGUCGUAUGUCCGUCCUGGCAUUGUUCUUGCCUCAGUUCUCUGAGCUCUAAUGCUCAAUGCUCGCUUAAAGUUAAAUAAAAGUGAAUGAGUGA